AUGUUUCAGAGCCUUGUUCUGCUUCUAGCCGCUCAGCAUGUCUUGGCUGCUCCGGCUCUGCACGCCCUGACCAUGAGCAGCAGCAACUCCUCCCUGAGCCACGUGAAGGGCCUGAGGAACGCCACCACGCAGGAGGACGGGGUGGUCAGGGUGACAGAGUCCAUUGCCAUCAUCCUCAUCACCAUCUUCAUCUGCUUGGGCAACCUGGGGGUUGUCCUCACCCUCUAUCGCAAGUCGUACCUCCUCACCCUGAGCAACAAGUUUGUCUUCAGCCUGACCCUCUCCAACUUCCUGCUCUCUGUGCUGGUGCUGCCCUUCGUCGUCACCAGCUCCAUCAGGAGGGAAUGGAUCUUUGGGGUGGUUUGGUGCAAUUUCUCAGCCCUGCUCUACAUGCUGAUCAGCUCGGCCAGCAUGCUGACUCUUGGACUCAUAGCUAUAGACAGGUACUACGCCGUGCUGUACCCCAUGCUCUACCCCAUGAAGAUAACAGGCAACAGAGCAGUGGUAGCUCUCGUGUACGUCUGGCUCCAUUCCCUCAUCGGCUGCCUCCCUCCCCUUUUCGGCUGGUCCUCUUUGGAGUUUGACCAGUUCAAGUGGAUGUGCGUGGCGGCCUGGCACAAAGAGGCUGGCUACACGGCCUUCUGGCAGAUCUGGUGUGCCCUGCUGCCUCUCCUGGUCAUGAUGAUCUGCUACGGGUUCAUAUUCCGCGUGGCGAGGGUCAAGGCCCGCAAAAUCCACUGCGGUUCCGUCGUCAUCGCCGAGGAGGACUCCCAGAGGAGCGGGAGGAAGAACUCCAGCACCUCCACGUCCUCUUCUGGCAGCCGAAGGAACGCUUUCCAAGGGGUUGUCUACUCAGCCAACCAGUGCAAAGCCUUCAUCACCAUCCUGGUCGUCAUCGGCGCCUUCGUGGUGACGUGGGGGCCCUACAUGGUGGUGAUCACGUCGGAGGCGCUGUGGGGGAAGAACAGCAUUUCCCCUGCCUUGGAGACACUAGCCACCUGGUUGUCCUUUUCCAGUGCCAUUUGCCACCCGCUGAUCUACGGGCUGUGGAACAAGACGGUGAGGAAGGAGCUGCUGGGGAUGUGCUUUGGGGACAGGUACUACCGCGAGCCCUUCGUCCCGCGGCACAGGACCUCCAGGCUCUUCAGCAUUUCCAACAGGAUCACGGAUUUAGGACUCUCUCCUCACCUUACUGCCCUCAUGGCAGGUGGGCGGCCUUUAGGAAACAGCAGCAGCACAGGAGACACAGGUUUCAGCUGCUCACAGGAUUCAGGAACAGAGACAAUGCUUCUUGAAGAUUACAGCUCAGAUGGCCCUCCUGCCCCACACUGCAUCUGUCCUCCUCGAAGGAGGAGCUCAGUCACCUUUGAAGAUGAAAUAGAGCAAAUUAAAGAAGCUGCAAAGAAUCCUGUUCUUCAUGUAAAAGCUGAGGUCCAUAAGUCUCUGGAGAGUUACGCAUCCAGUUUAGCACGAGCUAUUGAAGCUGAUGUGAAAAUCAGCCUGUUUGGGGAAGAUGCUGUGCCAGGAGCCCUGCUCCCUGCCCGAGCUCUGCCAGGGGGCAGCCUGAACACCCGGCGUGCUGCCAGGCCCCACGCCAGCCAGAGGCUGCAGCUGCAGAGCAUCGAGGAAGGGAACGUUUGA